AUGGCGUAUUCUAUCUCCUCAGUGGUUUGCCGUGGCGGACAUUUUUACUCCUCCACUUCCUUCGAAGAAACCCUGACAGGAAUCAUUCACUGUUUUACCGCUGGAUACAGGGCAACGAAUACGAAUCAUUCAACGUCCCGAUUUUUCCUGCAGCAAACCAUACAUUGGUUCUACAAGGUUUUGGUUGAAGGUGACAGCGACCCAGAAGAUUUUUAUGAAAUGUACCAUGUCCCAUUCUACAGUACGCAGUCCGGAUACUCGAGCUUGAUAGCUCUGUGCGUGUGCAUGAUCUUGGCAAAUGCGCUCGACUACGAGACCUAUCGAAAUCCCGAUCAGAUGUUCUCCACCAAGACUUCGGCACAGUUAGACGCAUGGAUGCGGUGGAAUACCAACAGCCUGAGCGACGAAGAGCGCAAGGCGUGCAUCUUUGCCCGUGGCGAAGCCUUGGCUAUUCUAGAGUGGCUAUGUCAUCGCACGAAGUCCAUCCACUACAUGAUUGAGACGGACAAAAACAAGGAUGCACAAAAUAUCAUGGCGACAGAAAAGUUCCAUGAAAUGAUACUUUGCCGCUAUGCCCGUAUGAUUCUAGCCUACGACGCAGAAGCCAAACAUAACAACAUUGGUGGUGCCCCUUGCUGUACCGACACCAGUUUGCUUUUUGUCCAGCUUCAGGGCGUCUGCAGCGGAGAAUUGAACAAGGUUAUAUGUCGCAGUAUCGACCAGCUUCCUCGUUCCUCGGUCCCAAAGAUGCUCAAGUUACCCGUAAUCACUCUCAUUGACUGUGAUGCCUGUGCGGAUUCCUCAACGCAAUUGAGAACUCCCAAGGAGAUUCUGGAACUUGGUACGAGUGUGAGGGAUAAACUGUAUCUGGAUGGCAUGAAAGUCAAGCUGGAGAGCACAAAUCCGAUUGUGUGCUGCUCGUAUCGCCAGACCAAUACGCAAAUUCUCGCUGGGAUGAAAGCUUCUGGCUUUACUGUAACUGCUUCCAAUCGUUCAAGCUCUACAUCUAAAUCAGCAACCCCCGUAUCUCGAGACCCUUCUCCCGAAAUUGGUAAUUUUAUGGAAGUGGACUAUAUCGACAAUUUUCUUGGCGCGUCAUCAGAGAUGGAAGAUGACCCACCCCCCAAGGCAUCAAAAUACAACUAUCCGUACGUGAAGGAGGAUUAUAACGGGGCUGGAAGAGCAUUUGGAACAGGCCUUACAUUCAUGGAUCAGCUCAAACAGGAUCAAUUCGAACCCCAGCGGGCGGAAAAUUUGUACUAUCCUUUUGCCUCGAAAGAUGAAUGGGAGCUCUCCCUGUUCCUACUUCGCUCUGACAUGAGCGUAGGAAUGCUGAAUGAUUUUUUGAAACUUGAACUGAUAAAAAAACUCAACUUGUCCUACAAGUCGGCAAAAGAUCUACGCAACCGGGCAGAGAUCCUUCCCUCUGGUCCGCAGUGGAAGAGUCAAACGAUCAUACCAGAAAUACCAAGCAAAAAUCAGCUAACGCUUUUUUACCGCGAUGGAUUGGAAUGUAUCAAGGCGCUUCUCAUCAGUCCCUUGCUCCAAGAUAGCAUGCACUUUAGCCCAUUCAAGCUCUUCGACAAGUGCAACGAGAUGAUGCGGGUAUACACUGAGUGGUUUAGCGGUGACAUUGCGCAUUUUAUGCAGUAUAACAAGGUUCCCAAGGACCAGCUCCCAAAAGGAGCAACACUUGUACCUCCUAUUAUUUCCACGGAUAAAACCAACAUUUCCAACAUGACCGGAGGCCGUGUCGCCUACCCUGGCCUUAUCAGCAUUGCCAACAUAAUGAUGAACUUUCUUCAUCGCUCCAAAGCUGUGAAUGGGAUGAUGGCAGCACGGCUAUAUCACCAGUGCAUGGACAUUGCUCUAGAAUCGGUCAAACAAACUGCGAGGGUGGGAACCACCAUGGCAGAUGCAUUGGGGAAUAAUUGUUUCUGCUUUACACCGCUUGCUGCCCUUAUCGUUGAUACUCCAGAAUCUGCUCUGGCGGCUUGCGUCGCAGGAUCCACAUCCUCUGUGACGUUGGCACAAUACGAGACGUUUGGGGAUUCCUUUCGCCACCCUUCCCGAACUGCAGAUCAUACAAUCAACACCAUCAUGGCCAUCAACAAUGUUAAGCCCCCUAAUCAUCUCGAACCAUAUCUAAAAGAAAGCAAAAAGCACCGUCUCAAUGGGGUUCACCUACCGUUUUGGAGAGAUUGGCCCUUGUCUGAUCCUUCUGCAUUCCUUACGCCUGAACCCCUUCAUCACUGGCACAAGAUGUUCUGGGAUCAUGAUGCAAAAUGGUGCAUUGCUGCAGUCGGAGGUUCCGAAUUGGAUUUUCGAUUUUCGAUUUUACAGCACCGCACUGGUUUCCGACACUUCAAGGAAGGGAUUUCUUCCUUGAAACAAGUGACCGGUAGGGAACAUCGGGACGUUCAGCGAUACAUUGUUGCUCUCAUUGCAGACACAGUCAGUACACCCUUUAUCUUAGCCAUCCGGUCUCUGAUGGACUUUCGGUAUCUCGCACAAUCUCAAACAAUCUCCGAGGCAAUGUGUCUCAGAAUUGAGCAGGCACUGCAAGAUUUCCAUGCCAAUAAACAAGCCAUCCUUGACGCGGGAGCACGUCGAGGUAAAAAAAACAACCCAAUCGAUAAUUUCUAUAUUCCAAAACUCGAGUUUUUGCAAAGUGUAGUACACGCAAUUAGACUAAAUGGAUGUGCAAUCCAAUGGUCUGCAGACACAACAGAGCAUGCACAUAUCGAGGUGGUCAAAGCCCCUUCCAGUUCCAGCAAUAAUCAAAGAUACGAGCCUCAAGUUUGUCGAUACCUUGAUCGUCGUGACAAAUUGCGCAAUUUCGAUUUGUUUACAGCUAUACGAGAAAUGAGGAUUGAUUUUCGGGCUAUACACUCUGCAACAAUUACGGAUGAGGAGGAGCAGGAGGAGGGGGAUGAGGGGGAGGAAAACGGCGAGGUUGUGAUGGACACAACGUCAGAACUUCUUUCAACAAUCAUGCCGAUGACAACCUUUCAAUCAGCAAAGUCCAAUCGCAUUGUGGAUUACUUCUACAAAGCUAGUCUCUAUGAGCGUGGCGUAUUGGAAGGCCCAGUCCCCUACAGAACAUUUUCUUGCAGCAAAAACGUUGUUGCCCAUUUAUCUAGGGAUGCUAGUUCCAAAAGAUUGCAUAUCGACGAGGUUGCGAGCAUUUUUAAAAUUCCCGACCUACGACCAGCAAUUGCCGAUUAUGUGUCACUCAUCAAUAAGGAAUCAAAUCCGAGAUACACCAAUUCUCGAGGUUAUCACAUCAAGGGGAUAACUGGCAGGCGUGUUUCUCCUCCCGGUUGUCCGUUGCCGUAUUCAAAACUUGAGGUAUGGCAUAAGGUCCGUAUACAGUCGACUGCGUACCAAUACCCUCAUGAGAUCCUGGAGGCAGUCACACUUAAUGCAUAUCCGCCAUCUAACAAACAUCCUUUUGGAUACUUCGAUUCAGCAAUCAUAAACGUGGAUGAAUCUGAGGAGUGGCCUCGCAGCGGGCUUCAAGGCCAUUCUGUCGUCGACAUUCGUAUUAUUUUUCGCAUUGUCGGAGAGACACCCAGUACUGUGUCUCCCGAUAUUACUGGAAGAUUUCUCGCAUACGUCCAACGUUUUGAGGUUUUAAAUCAGCCACAGUCUCUAGGUUCUGCGAUCCGUGGACCUUACCCAGAGCCAAUAACCGGCAUGUAUAAAUUAAAACGAAGUCAACGUACAGAUAACACCAUUAUGGGUGGAAUUUUACCAUUGAAUCAAAUACGCUCCCUGGUUGAUCUGGUCCCUCAGAUGGGCGAGAAGGCAAGGCAAAGCCUUACUACACAUAACAAUCAAGCUGUCAGCACCUUGUCCGAGAUCUGGCACCCUCAGGAUAUUCCUUCCGUGUUCCUACCCCCCGCCAAAGUAGGGGGUAGCUCUUUUCCUCCUACUCAUUCCCGUCCAACUUCCAAGCAGAUCUCUUCCGAUUUGCAAUCCAUAGCGUCUCAUACACAUCCAAUACAUCCACACAACAGUCAUCCCUCCGUAUCCGGCCAUAACCCUUCCCCGACCCUCUUGCUUGCCUCGGGCACCAAAUCCGAUCAGAUAUUACCCCUCAAGUCUUUUGUUUAUAAAGUCCUUCGCCACUCAAGGACAUCUAAAAACGUACUGCAGAUAGCACUAUGUUAUCUAGAAUCCAUUCGUCCCAAGGUCCCACAGAUUUUGCAAGAGGAAAACAUCGGCAUUCGCUCUUAUGCUCAGCCCAAAAGCAGUAUUCAGAAAGCUACCCCAGAAGAGCUGGCGAUGGAUGCUGAGCUUACUGCUCUUGAGAACUCCGGCAAGAUCAACAUCAUCAAUAAUUUCAUUGACAAUUCUAUGCAAACAUUCCGUGUUGCCGAUUCUGGUUCACAAGAUCUGGCUGAAUCGUGCAUCUAUCCACAAGACUCUCUGUCCAGCGUAGAUGUGCAGGUCUCAACGGCUCCUCUUUCCACCACCCUUUCUUUGCCAUCUCCCCUCCUGUGUCCCCGUAGAGCCUUUCUGGCAUCCCUCAUCCUGGCCUCCAAAUUUUCACAAGAAAAGUGUUAUUCUAACCGUGCUUGGGCAAGGUUAUCUGGUCUCCCACCUCGUGAAAUUGGUCGCUGCGAACGUGCCCUCGCACAAGCCUUGCAAUGGCGACUCUGGGUCGGCAAAUGCGCCUUUGGUGAGAGUGCUGCAACUGCCACAUAG